UUUCUCAUUCAAAGUGAAAAAACUUGUAUCAAACAAAAAAAUUUUUUUAUAUUCUUCUCAAAAGAUUAGAACAUUUUAAAGUUUAAACUAAGUAGAAAAAAAUACAAUGUAAAUUAUGGAACAACAAUAUCAAAAUUUUGUUAGCAACAGUGGAGUUGAUUCAGAAAUUGAAUUUGAAACCAAACUAAUUCGUACAGUGUACAAUUUUCGUUGGUUGUAUGACAAUAAUCACCCGGAAUUUAAUAAUAUCACCAAAAAUAGGUUGUCUUGGGCGAGAGUCGCUCAAUAUUGUCAAAGACCAUUUAUAGAAUGCACGAACAAAUGGAAUUCUUUACUGCAAACUUACUUUUCCGCACCAUCAACCAAUUGGACACAUUUAGAAUAUCUACAACAAUUUGAACCAUACUUAUCGAGUAACUUACGAAUUGUUCCUACAAAAAAUGAGCCAAAUGAGACACAAAAAAAGCAACUUCUCCAAGAGCUAUUGAUUCAUAGUGAGAAAUUAAUCUCACCCGAGACAACCAAUGAAGAAAUUCAACAUAUUUGGUUAAUGAUUGCGUCUAUUUGUAAUGCAAUAAAACCCGGAGCAUAUUAUUCUGUUUUAAAAUGGCAAAAGUAUUGGUAUGAUAUUAAACAAGCUUUUGGAGUACAGUGGGUUACGCUUCGAUCAAAGCUCAAAGAAAGGGGGACAAACCUUGAUGUUUCAGAAUAUACGGAUGAUGAAAUGAAAAUUUUAGAAAUAUGUGGCGCUUCAAUUAGCGAUAGUUUACCUGAAAUUUCUAAAAAGUUGGGGAAUAAUAUCGAACUUGGCUUGAAUAGGAAUCAAAUAAUUACCAAAUGUAAAAGAUGUUCUGCACAAAGAAAUGAAUUGAUGAUUAAUGGAUAUUGUGACAAUUGCCGCAAAUUACCAUGUUGCAAUAUAUGUCACAAAACUUGUGACAACACCAUAAUAAAAUACAAAAUCACUCAUUGGAGUGUGAAAGCUAUACUUUUACUUCCCGAAGAUCUUCAAUCUUCCUCUGAAAUUAAAAUAUGUCUUGAUUGUUCGAAAGCUUUAAAUACAAGAGCAUCAAUGGAAUGGACAACUUGUCGUAUUUGUGAUACAGGUAACUCAGAUUUAAUGCAAAGUUUGUAUGAUCCAGCUUUAAAUUGUUUGCGCAAAGCUUUCCAUAGUGUCACAAAUUAUACGUUCAACCAAGCAGAUGGUUUACCAGGAUACAUUUGUAAAACUUGUAAAUUACAAUUACAACAAUUUACUACUUUUCACACAAAAUUUCUUCGAACUCAAACAAAAUUAAGAUCAAAACAUAUUGUUAAUUUUAUUGGUAAUUCUAUGAUGCCAAGAAUAUCACCAGAUGGAAAAGUGGUAACCAUAAAUUUAAGUCCAACCCAAACUAAUAAACCACAAGUUGUGACAUUGGAUAAAACAUCAUGCGAUCCGUUAAUGAUAAUACCACCAACAUCAUCAUCAUCAUCAACAACAUCAUCUACUACAGCAACAACCACAACAACAACAACAUUUAAACAACCCGAUAAAAAUCAACAAAACUCUGUUCCAACUUAUAAAGUAAUUGCAACAAAACCAGGACCAAAUCAAUCAUCAUCAUCAAAAACAUUCAAAAAAAUAUCUAUAAAACCAGUUGCUGGAAAAAUUCCAGUUACCAAUGUUACAAAUCAAGAUGUUCCAAUUAGAAUUAUUCCACCAAAUCCACCACUUGCUAUUAAAGAUAUUUUUUCUCUCCAACCAAUGAUGCCACCACAAUCAGCACCUCCUUCUAGAAAUACAGGCACAAAAGCAAGCAUAAGUGUUGUACCAACUUCUGCUCUACAACAACAAUCACAGACCAAAGUCGAUGAAGUAUUCUCCAAUAAUUCACUAACUGUUACAAGAAAAACUGUUGAUAUCACACCUACACCAGGACAAUCAUCACUUCCUCAAACAAUCAAUUUGCAACAACAACAAAGUAAUAACAUCACAAAUCUACCAAAUGGAAGCAAUACCUUAAAAAAUACAAUCACUUUAAAUAAAGGAAUAACUAUAACAAAAAGGACAGUUGUUCAAAAAACUCCUCAAGUCGAACCCAAGAAUUCAAUAAAUAUAAACACACAAAAUAUGAAACCUGGAGAAUUUACUCCAUUGUUACCACCAAAAAUUACACCGCCAAAAGUUACACCGCCAACAAUGGUGUCACUAUCGGACUUAGCAUCGAAACCAGCUAUUUUUACAAUCGCCGAUUAUGAAACCAUUGAUGAUGCACCUCCAGUCUUUUGUAUACCGAAAAAUCCAAGUAAAACACCAUCAACCGAUACAACAAUGAGCAGUUCUGAAGCUGAAGCUGAAAAACAGUUAUUAAAUUUUAAUCCAAGUAAUCCACCAAUUAUUAAAACGGAAGUCUUUGAUGUGGAUGAUAAUUUGAAUGAAGAAGAAAAUCACGAGGAAGAUCCUGUCGCCGAGGAACCAUCGAUUGUCGAAAAUGAACUAGUUCCUCAGGUAAAUCCAUCAGAAUUAUCAAUGGAAAAUUCACCAGUUCCAGAAGAAAUAAUAGAACCUGAUCCAACGAUUCUUCCACAGCCACCGCCUGUAAAUGAAAAAUCAUCGUCAUGUCCUGAAUCUGGUGUGAAAAUAAUUCGUCUAAAUGGCAAUAUGGUAACUGUAAAACCUCAUCCAUUUAUAUCUGAAGCAUUUCUUCCGAUUGAGAUGGCAAAUAAAAACGAUGGAACUCCACCUAAUCGCUUACCAUCAUACAUACGGAAAGUUACUACAAUUGGAUCGAGAUCUUCACCAAUAACCAACCAACAAAAUGCAUUGAAUAAAAAUGUACAGAUGGUUGAUGGAGUAAUACCGAAAAAAUCACCGACUAUUACCCCGAAUCGGAGGCAAUCACGAUUACUAUCACGAUCAGUAAUUAUGAAUCAGCAAAAAAAAACUGUGCCAAUUUCUCAAUCAAAUAAGGUUAUCUUGACUCCAGAGCAAGUUUCAUCAUUGACUAAAAUCAGACAAAAUAAUAGCCCAAUCGUCACGGAAAGAAAUAAAACCUUAACACCAGAACCAAGAGAUAAGAUUAUUAUUUUACAACAUCCACCACACCACCACCAACUAAAACAACCACAACAACACCAACAACAACAACACCAACAACAACAACCACAACAACACCAACAACAACACCAACAACAACACCAACAACAACACCAACAACAACACCAACAACAUCACCAACAACAACAACCACAACAACAACCACAACAACACCAACAACAAUCAGAACAACACCAACAACAACACCAACAACAACAACCACAACAACACCAACAACAACACCAACACCAACAACAACACCAACAACAACACCAACAACAACACCAACAACAACACCAACAACAACACCAACAACAACAACAACAACCACAACAACACCAACAACAACACCAACAACAACACCAACAACAACACCAACAACAACACCAACAACAACACCAACAACAACAAAAACAACAUCAACAACAUCAUCAACAUCAACAACAACAUCAACAACACCAACAACAUCAACUACACCAACAACACAAACAACAACACCAACUUCAACACCAGUUACAACAGCCGACACCACAGCUACAACACCAAGUACAACAACAACAUCCACCACAACACCAACUACAACAGCCACAACAACAGCAAGAACAAGCAUUGAAGAAACCCCGAAAGUAUUGGGGAACAGUGAAUGAGUUUCAGGUGACUCCAAUACUUACCAAGUCUCCGCCACCUCCUUUAAUAUUGUCACCACCCAGAUCGUCUCAAAACACUCAUCCCACGAAUCAACAAAUAUCACAACAACCACCUAAAGGACAGGCUCCUUCACAACCACCAUGGAUUGAAGAAAGACGAACUCCGGCACCGUCCGAAGAUCCAAUUAUUCUCCAAACAUCUACAAGAGUAAACAUAAAACAAGAAGUUGAAGAAGACAAUGAUGUAGAAAUUGUAUCAGUAACUCAACCCGAUCCGCCGCCAAGUGAACCGCCCCGCCAAGAACCAGGAAUGUUCUAUCCAGAUCAGUUUGAAUUAGAAAAUUUAACUUUUGGAGCUGAUAUUUCAAUGAUGAUUAAUAAUUUAUUAUUGAAUCAAGAUGCUAUUAUUAAAAAUACUAUUAAUGGGAAUUUCAUUGAUUCUCCGAUUCCUGCGGUUGCGGGUGAGAAAAGAAAACAUGACGAUCCGCCAAAAUUUCAAGAGGAUAGUGGUGAACGGAAAAGAAAAAGGGAAAGCAAUAAGAAGACAGAGACUCAGAUACAGACAGAAAGAAAGAAAGUCGAUCAAAAGAACGAGGAGAAAAAGAGAAAAGAUAAUGAAUCAGUGAUAUUGGUACCAAAAUCUUCAUCUCCAGCACCUACCCAACCUGCACCACCUACACAAUCACCCAUUAAACUGAAGAAUGUCCGCAUAAAGCUUAAACGCGAUAAGCAACCUACAGUGAUUUCAAGACCUAAACGGUCAUGUGCACAACCAGUGUCGCCAGCGGUGGCGACGACGACGCCGCCUGUUAAAAGAAAAUCACUGAGACUGCAGCAAACUUAGAUUCUACAAAAAUUACUAUUUUUAUUACAUUCAGUUCAGUUUAGCAAUUUAAUUUUGUAUAUAUUAAAUUUUUAUUAUUAGGAGUGUGAAAAAAUAAAGCGUUUAAUUGCUUUGUCUUUAUAGGAACAAAGAAAAAUAUUGGUUAACAAAUAAAUUUGUUUUCAUUUUGAAAAACCUUAUUUA